CCUUCCAAUAAGGUAGUCCGGGUUCGAAUCCCAACGAUGGCAGGUAAAUACGAAUUCCGUACCCAGCUCACACCGAUCACAGUGUUGCCGUAAGAUAUACUCAGUGACAGACGGAUCACGGGAUAGAGUUCUUAACAACUUAACACGAACUAAGUUCUUAACACAAACUUAAAAUCAAAGCACUAAAUAAUUUUCAAAUUUAAAACAAAAAAUUGCUCUCAAAAUGCACUAAAAUACCAAUUAAGGCAGCGCAUUACACAUUAGACGAAGUUUUCAUUUUUUUCUUUCAACAUUGCCUAUUGUUAGAAUUUUGUUUUUAGAGAGUUUAAAAUGUCUCGGUAUACGUUUUUAUUUUAUAACAAACGUUCAACAGUCGACCCAAUUUUGAAUUUACGACUAUUAAGGUUUAACUCCUUAGUCUUGUAAUUAUGAACCCAACCAAGAAAACAAGAGAACUUCUGGAUUAAGCAUUGGAACAUACUAGCUUUCGUGGAACACUUUUUGACGGAUUAAACCCACAUUUGCGUUACAUGGAGAGGAAAAACAAGAAAACUUUCAAUUGUUUACCCGAUGCCAAGGAGAUUCUUACCCAUGAUCCGUCUACCACUGAGGAUAAAUUAAGUCACUGUGGCAGCCGUCGCUUCUAACGCAGGUUAAAAUCCUGCUUAUAAUUUGAUUAAUAAGCAUUAUAAUGCUUAUAAUUAGUGGUUUCAUAAACACCUAAACAUAGCUGACAAUACAGCUGUUUAUUACCAAAUUAUUGAUUAAAUCGUACCUACCUUUACGGAAGAAUAAUGAUUAAGUUUUAAAUUCAUUUAAUUUUAAGUAUUACAUUAAGGCAUUUUCAGUGUUUUUCCCAACGUGUAAACCAACCCAAAUAAGUUUCAUACGAAGGCGAAUCCAUUCAGUAAUCUCCUUGUCUUUUGAGUUGGACUCAUGACGGCUAUAACUAUCAAAAGGAAGGGGGUAGGGAGAUACGACGAUUGGCAUUCGUUGAAAUCCUUAUAUGCGAAUAGGUUUCAACAAACAUUUAAAAAAAAAAAAAUCAUAUUAUUACAAAUGUAAAAAUGCAAAACAGUUAAAUCGUAAAGAAAAAAUUAAUCACGUCUUUAAACUAAUUUAUUAUCUAAUCUGCAAAGUUUUCAUUCUAUUUACAUUAUUUAUAACUUUUUCCGUACGUAUCUUCCUUUGCGUUUUUUUCAUUGUGAUUCGUAAUUUCCUUAUUAGUCAUCCAUUUUGUCUUAGGUAGUUCCCAAAAGGUCAUAACACUGAACUUUGCACAUGAUUAAAUUCUCUAUUUCCCUCCCGCAAACUAUUAGGUAAAGGUAAUUUUUUUUUUACCUGCCUAUUCUUUUAUUUAUUUUUUAUCUAAACAGUUAUCAACAUCUUUUGUUUCUGUCUCUGAUUUUCCUAAUCUCACUUGUCAAAAGAUUUUCAAACCAGUCAGACAUGUUAAACCAUCUCUUGCGGUUUUCAAAAAAUGUGCGCAAUUUUAUUUGAGAGAGCGAGGCUAUAAGAUACGACGUUGCAUCAUCAUUCAUUGUGAUUUAUAUUUCUUAAUCAAUGAUGGCGCCAGGACUAUUUUCAAAACGAAGAUUUUCUUCAAACGUUGCAAGGACACUGCGCCGUGAUGAGUUCAGUGUCACUUACCACCGCCACUUUUAAUAGCUCUGAAAAACUUAGUGACACCACCACCUCUUCUACGAAGAAGCAGGUGCUGAGGAAUUUUACCAGAAGUUACAGUUUGACAAGCAGUAGUUGCAGCAACAGUGACGACGCAACUGCCUACAAGCUCUGCUCGUCUGACAGAAGAUUCUCGCUGGACGACGUAUUAGACGAGAAAGAAGAGGAACUGAAACCGGAUAGGACAUCUUCGCUCUCUCAGUAUCUGAACUCUUCGGAAGGAGACAUCAGAGUUGAGCACAAGAGCAGAGAUUUCAUCCGUCAUUCCUCCAGGACAUCGUCAACGGAAACUAUGUCCAGUUCAGAAAACAAACGAGGUUUCUUCACCAAAAAGAAAGUUUUAAAUGAUAUUUCUUCAUCAUUAUCAUCAUUGUCAAAAGUUACUACAAUCACUAAAGCAUCCAGUACAAAGACUUCAUCCCAGUCGGCGCAAAAUCUCCACCAAGCCUCGACGAGCGAAUCAAAAGUGUUUCAGCGCUCUAAGUGUGGCUCGCCGAUGAGUCCCUGCCGCCUCCCCCAGUCUCCCAAACCCCUUGCAGACAAGAUCCAUGAGGACCUUGAGUUGCUGAGAAGAGGUGGAGAGUCCCCCGAGUUGGAACUUGCCAUGGGCAGAAUAAUUGCCAGAAUGGAUGCCCUGGGUGUGUGUCUCAAAGGUACAAAUGAAAAACUAGACAGAUUGGACACGAUUGAUUGCGGCGACUGGGCAGUGGUCCCAACAUCCACACGCAAAAUGGAGAUGGAAGUUUUGGGUGCUAUGAACGAUCUCAUCAGGAAGUCUUGGGCAGUCAGUACUAUUGGAUACGACCUGGGAUCCAGUCUUUGUAGAAGCCUUUUAACCAAUGGUGUUCUAGAUAUAUUGCUGAAACAUUUUAACUCAGAAGACAGUGUCUUGCAGUUUGAAAGUGCCCGUCUGCUAGAACAAGCCCUUACAACCGAAAAUAGAGAAUACGUUGUCAAGCAUGGUCUGGCCACGGUAGUCCGUGUGGCCUGCGAAUGUUCCAAAUCAUCGAGUGUCGAAAAAUCCAGGAUUGGAAUGGGAAUAUUGGAACAUCUUUUCAAAAAUUCAGAACGCACAUGUCAUGAAGUGAUUCGUUUAGGUGGACUUAAAGCUAUUUUGUACGAAUGCAGGAACUGUGAUGUAGAAACUUUAAGGCAUUGUGCAGCAGCUUUAGCAAAUUUAUCUCUUCAUGGUGGCCCUGAAAACCAAGAGGCCAUGAUACAGCAUAAGGCUUCUGAAUGGCUCUUCCCACUUGCGUUUCAUACUGACGACAAUAUUAAAUACUAUGCCUGCUUAGCCAUCGCAGCCCUAGUUGCAAAUAAAGAGAUAGAAGCUGCUGUUUUACGUUCUGGGACCUUAGAUUUAGUCGAACCAUUCGUCACAACGCAUACACCGGAUGAAUUUGCACAAAGCACAGUUGCCCACGUUCACGGACAAUCCAAAAAUUGGCUCCUGAAAUUGGUCCCUGUCCUUGAUAGCAAAAGAGAAGAAGCCAGGAGUCUGGCCGCAUUCCACUUUGCUAUGGAAGCUGGUAUCAAGAAGAAGCAGAAUAAUACAAAUGUUUUCCAUGAUAUUGGCGUGGUGAGUGCCUUGAAGAAAGUUGCCAGUUCGCCAAAUGCUAUUGCAUCAAAAUAUGCUGCUCAGGCUUUGCAUCUGAUAGGAGAGCAAAUACCUCAUAAGCUUUCUCAGCAGGUGCCUCUCUGGACGGUAGAAGAUGUGGUAGAAUGGGUGAAACAGAUUGGAUUCUCGAGAUACAGCCAAGAGUUUCUUAACAGCAAAGUGGAUGGAGAUUUACUUUUACAGUUAACAGAAACUUCACUUUCUGAAGAUAUAGGCAUCAUCAACGGAAUAUUAAGAAAGAGAUUCCUACGAGAGCUGAAUCAGCUGAAGAGUAUGGCAGACUAUUCAUCUCGAGAUACUUCAGGUUUGAGUGCUGUUCUGCAAAAUCUGGGACCAGAAUUCUGUCAAUAUACCUAUCAAAUGUUAUUGAGCGGAGUAAACUGUGGCAAUAUCAAGGAAUUAACACCAGAACAGUUAACGGAAGAAUGUGGAAUCAUCAACAGCAUCCACAGAAUGAAAGUGCUGCAAGCCCUCAAAGGCAUGGAUUGCACCAGGGAAGGUCACGAAUGUGAAGAAGACUUAAAUCCCAAAAGUUUAGAUGUAUUUAUCAGCUAUCGUCGAUCAAAUGGCUCUCAACUAGCGAGCUUAUUGAAAGUCCAUUUACAACUACGUGGUUUUUCAGUCUUCAUUGACGUAGAAAGACUUGAAGCUGGCAAAUUCGACAACAACCUGUUGACCAGUGUUCGUAAAGCCAAACAUUUUAUUCUUGUACUCACUGCCAAUUCUCUGGAACGAUGCAUCAAUGAUACAGAGUGCAAAGAUUGGGUUCACAGAGAGAUAGUGGAAGCUUUACAGACCCAAUGCAAUAUAAUUCCGAUUCUAGACAAUUUCCAAUGGCCUGAGCCAGAUUCAUUGCCUGAAGACAUGCGUGCAAUUUCAUAUUUCAAUGGCGUCAGGUAUGUUUACAUUAUACUGUAUAAUACGUAAUAGAAAUAAUGCAUAA